UCAUCUCUCCGUAUCGUUACGGUUUUUGAUACGGAGAAUAUUUCUUUUGCAGAAAGCGAUUUGCGUUUAAUCCAAUGGGUGAAGAAGGCCAAGUUAUUGCAUGCCAUAAGCAGCCUGAAUGGGAGGCUCUCUUAGCCAAAGGCAAGGAAUCUGGAAAACUGAUUGUCGUGGAUUUUACUGCUUCCUGGUGCGGGCCAUGCCGUACAAUUGCUCCAUAUUUCUCCGAAUUGGCUAAGAAUCAUCCCGGUGUCAUUUUCCUGAAAGUGGACGUCGAUGAGUUGAAUACUGUUGCUAGCGAGUGGAAGAUUAAUGCAAUGCCGACAUUUGUUUUUGUGAAAGGAGGGGAAACAGUUCACAAGAUUGUUGGUGCUGAUAAAGGGGCGCUGUUGAAGAAAUUAGAAGAGCUUAAAACUCCAACAGCUGCUGCUACUUCUACUGCUUAGACAAGUCAACUUGGAGGAAUGUGUCCUCCUUAUUAUCAGUAUGGUUUAAUGUUGAUUCUGGUUUCGGAGUUUGUUCUUCUUGUGAAUUUCAUAACAUUGUGUUUAAGAUGUUUACUGUUCUUUGUUUCCCCUUAAAGAAGUUUGGAUAAUAUGUGCAAACUUUCAAAUAUAUGAUUCUCUGGUGCUUGUUAUAAAUAGAAGCUGCAGGUUUCAUCGUGGAAUAAAUGGGGCAGGAAUUUGUUGAACUCUGAAGUCGCCUGAAUUUGCACAUUUUAUCAGCAGUGUUCCGUAAGAACUUGAUAGUACUCUACAUACUGAUUUUUAUGCAGUUUGUUUAUUGUUUGCAGUACAGUAACUUUUGAGUAGGUAUCUGAAACUUAAAAAAAGAUGGGUGUUUCUAACCUUCGAUUUUGUGUUUGAUAGGGCUUGAAAUACUCAAUUUUGUGCCAUUAGUUUAUAAUGUUAAAAGUUUUUUUUUAACUUUAUGUCUAGUAAGCAUGUGAGGGGCUUUUGGUUUGUAGAGUUAAUAUGUUGGAAUUUGUAAGUUUAUGUUUGGAAUAUAGAAUUGUAAGAUAAAGUUCUUUAAUAAAUGUGAAAAGUAAAAGUAAAGAAAGAAGAGAAAGUGGAGUCAUUUGAUAAAUGUGAAUAGUGAAAAAGAAGAGAAAUGAAGUUACUAAGCUCCUGAAUGUCUUAGAAUAUUAUUGUAGAUUAAUUGAUCUAUUAGAUACAGAAUUGAUUGAAAGUUUAGUGACUUAGAAGUUGUUUGUGGGGCGUUGGUUGGUUAUUAUAAUUUAUUGUAGUUUGGGUUAUAAUAGUUAUGUUUCCGAUGAAGACUAUUUUAGUCGAAGUUACAAUCAUGUAUGUUUUUUUUGUGUGUUUUAGUCUGGGUUAUAAUCAUUUAUGUUUUUUUCGUGUUU